CUUGAUCUCCGUAGACAUAUUUUGAUAAGGGAGAUUAAAACUCAAAGUCAAUCUCUCCAGUUAGUUCACUUUGUCCCGUGUUGGGACGCAGAUAUUUCUCCAUGUUCAACUUUUGGUUGUGUCGCAGUUAGUUUCCUCCAUCUGAAGCUCCAGUUGAAGGAACAAAAGAUGAAGACGCCUAAAGAAGUCGUCUUGGGAAUUUUAGAAGACUUGGGAGCUGAGGACCUUGGAAAAUUCCAGUGGUACCUGCAGCAGGAAGGGACCCUUGAAGACUUCCCAGCAAUUCCAAAGAGUAAACUGGAGAAUGUAACCAGGGUGAAGACAGUGGACCAGAUGUUCUCGACCUACUGUAUAAACACUGUUAAUGUGACCAGAAUAGUUUUAAAGAAGAUUUAUCAAAAUGAGCUAGUGAGGAAUUUAUCAAACAUCCCAGAACCUGCAGAGAUUCUUGCUGCUUGCCAGCGAAAAGUCAAAUCCAACUCACAUCAGACAUUCCAGCGUGUGUCUGAGGGGAUUGCUAAAGCAGGAAACAAAACCCUUCUGAAUCAGAUGUUCACAGAGAUCGACAUCACAGAAGCAGGGGUCAAUGAUGAACAUGAGGUCAGACAGACUGAAACAGCAUCCUGGAAACCAGACACACCAGAACCAACAAUCAGACAGGAAGACAUCUUUAAAACUCCACCUAGAAGAGAUAAACCAAUCAGAACAGUGAUGACAAUAGGAGGGGCUGGCAUUGGGAAAACAGUCUUAACACAGAAGUUCACGCUGGACUGGGCUGAAGACAAAGCCAACCAGGACAUCCACUUCACAUUUCCGUUGACCUUCAGAGAGCUGAAUAUGCUGAAAGAGAAAAAGUACAGCUUGGUGGAACUUGUUCAUCACUUCUUUAAUGAAAUCAAAAUAGCAGGAAUCUGCAGGUUUGAUAAGUUAUCGGUUGUCUUCAUCUUUGACGGUCUGGAUGAGUGUCGACUUCCUCUGGACUUCCUCAAUGCUGAGAUCCUGACAGAUGUUACAGAGUCCACCUCAGUGGGUGUGCUGCUGACAAACCUCAUCAGGGGGGAUCUGCUUCCCUCUGCUCGCCUCUGGAUAACCACACGACCUGCUGCAGCCAAUCAGGUCCCUCCUGAGUGUGUUGACAUGGUGACAGAGGUCAGAGGGUUCACUGACCCACAGAAGGAGGAGUACUUCAGGAAGAAAUUCAGAGAUGAGGAGCAGGCCAGCAGAAUCAUCUCCCACAUCAAGACAUCCCGAAGCCUCCACAUCAUGUGCCACAUCCCAGUCUUCUGCUGGAUCACUGCUACAGUUCUGGAGGACGUGUUGAAGACCAGAGAGGGAGGAGAGCUGGCCAAGACCCUGACUGAGAUGUACAUCCACUUCCUGGUGGUUCAGACCAAAGUGAAGAACAUCAAGUAUGAUGGAGGAGCUGAGACAGAUCCACACUGGAGUCCAGACACCAGGGAGAUGAUCGAGUCUCUGGGAAAACUGGCUUUUGAGCAGCUACAGAAACAGAACCCGAUCUUCUAUGAAUCACACGUGAAAGAGUGUGGCAUCGACAUCACAGCAGCCUCAGUGUACUCAGCAGUGUUCACACAGAUCUUUAAAGAGGAGAGAGGCCUGUUCCAGGACAAGGUGUUCAGCUUCGUCCAUCUGAGUGUUCAAGAGUUUCUGGCUGCUCUUCAUGUCCAUCUGACAUUCGCCAACUCUGGAGUCAACCUGCUGUCAGGAAAACAUACAACAUCAACACAGUUCUACCAGAGUGCUGUGGACAAGGCCUUAGAGAGUCCAAAUGGACACCUGGACUUGUUCCUCCGCUUCCUCCUGGGUCUUUCUCUAGAGUCCAAUCAGAAACACCUACAAGGUCUGUUGACACAGACAGGAAGUAGCUUACAGAAAAAUGAGAAAACAGUCAAGUACAUCAAGAAGAAGAUCAGUGAGAAUCUGUCUGCAGAGAGAAGCAUCAAUCUGUUCCACUGUCUGAAUGAACUGAAUGAUCGAUCUCUAGUGAAGCAGAUCCAAGAGUCCCUGAGAUCAGGAAGACUCUCCACAGAUAAACUGUCUCCUGCUCAGUGGUCAGCUCUGGUCUUCAUCUUACUGUCAUCAGAAAACAAUCUGGACGUGUUUGACCUGAAGAAAUACUGUGCUUCAGAGGAGGCUCUUCUGAGGCUGCUGCCAGUGGGAGCUGGAGAUCAUGUCACGGAUAGCCAUCGGGAUAUAAUAGUGGUCCAGUCCUUCUUGGAUGAGGUCAUUCCAGAGAAAUUUUCACAUUUUAAUAAUACUGAUAUUUAUCUUCUUGUUCAUUAUUGUCUCUCCAGGCUGAGAGUCUGUAAGCUGUCAGAUAAAAGCUGUGAAGCUCUGUCCUCAGUUCUCAGCUCCAAGACCUCUAGUCUGAGAGAGCUGGACCUGAGUAACAACAACCUGAAAGAUCCGGUGAAGCGGCUGUCGGCUGGACUUCAGAGUUCACACUGUAAACUGGAGACUCUUAGGCUGAGUGCCUGUAACCUGUCAGAGAAAAGCUGUAAAGUUCUGUCCUCAGUUCUCAGCUCCCAGUCCUCUAGUCUGAGAGAGGUGGACCUGAGUAACAACAAUCUGCAGGAUUCAGGAGGGAAGCUGCUGUUGGCUGGACUUCAGAGUCAACACUGUAAACUGAAGACUCUCAGGCUAAGUGUCUGUAAUCUGUCAGAGAGAAGCUGUGAAGUUCUGUCCUCAGUUCUCAGCUCCCAGUCUAGUCUGAGAGAGCUGGACAUGAGUAACAACAACCUGAAAGAUUCAGGAGGGAAGCUGCUGUCGGCUGGACUUCAGAGUCCACAUUGUAAACUGGAGAAUCUCAGUCUGUCAGGCUGUCUGAUCUCAGAGGAAGGCUGUUCUUCUCUGGUCUCAGCUCUGAACUCCAACCCCUCCCAUCUGAGAGUGCUGGACCUGAGCUACAAUCAUCCAGGAGACUCAGGAGUGAAGCUACUGUCAGCGGGACGGGAGGAUCCACUCUGGAGACUGGACACUCUUAGGGUGGAGCCUGCUGGAGUCAGAUGGUUGACACCAGGUCUGAGGAAGUAUUCCUGUGAACUCGCACUCGACACAAACACUGUGAACAGAAACCUCAAACUGUCUGACAACAACAGGAAGGUGAAACAUGUGGAGGAGUAUCAGUCAUAUCCUAAACAUCCAGAAAGGUUUGACUGUCCUCAGCUGCUGUGUAGAGAUGGUCUGACUGGUCGCUGUUACUGGGAGGUUGAGAGGAAGGGAGGGGUUUCUAUAGCAGUGAGUUACAGAGGAAUCAGCAAGAGAGGAGACAGUGGUGACUGUGUGUUUGGAUAUAAUGAUCAGUCCUGGAGUCUGAACUGCUCUGGUGGUGGUUACUCUGUCAGUCACAAUAACAGAGAAACAUCCAUCUCUUCCUCUGUCUCUGACAGAGUAGCAGUGUAUGUGGACUGUCCUGCUGGCUCUCUGUCCUUCUACACAGUCUCCUCUGCCUCGCUGACCCACCUCUACACCUUCAACACCACAUUCACUGAACCUCUUUAUCCUGCGUUUGGGUUUGGGUAUAAGUCAUAUGGUUGCUCAGUGUCUCUGUGUCCUGUGUAGGACGGAGAGUCUCCUCCUGUCAGAGAACCAGACAGUUGAGUCUGAUCAGGAUCAUCAGAUGAUGUUAGUGAGGAGAAUGUGGGUAUCACUAAUGAUUUCCUGAAUGGAUUAGAUUUUUAAACUAAAUACAAUCAGAUAUAAAUCAGAGAAUAAAUUACUAAACCUCUUUGAGGCUCUUUAUAUAUUUCUAUUUCUUUUUCAGAUUAUUAAAACUAAAUACAAUCAGAUAAUAAAUGAUGAUGUAUUAUUACAGAUUAGUAGCUGCAACAUUAAACUCAUCAUCAUCGUCAUUGUCAUUAGAAACCAGUAAUAUACUGAUUAUUCUGCAGAAUCACCACUUUUACUUUUGGUACUUUAAGUAUUUUUAUGCUGAUACUUUUGUACUUUUACUUAUUUCUACACUGUGGUAUCAGUACUUUAACUUGAGUACUUUGUGGUAUAUUUUAUAUUAUGUUUUAUUAUGAUGUAAUGUUUUUAUUUUGUUAUUAUAAUUCUAAGAGUCAGUCAGUUUUGUCAUUAGUAAACCUCCAUACAGAUCUGUUCCGCUCAUCUCCAUGUUUGUUUUCUCCCUGUCCACGUUUGUUUUCUCCCUGUCCAAACGAUUCCAGCCAAUCAGAGUGAUUCUGAUUGGCUGGCAUCGUUUGGACGGAAAAAAAUACUUUCCUGUUGGACGUUUUGGGCGAGUUUUUUCUGAAUAAGGGCAAAACCAGAAUGUAAUGUGCAUUAAACGUAGUCAGUGACUCUUAAGCCGUUUUCCAACAGUCUCCUGAGUUCAUCUCUUCACAUAGUGAUGCUGUUCUGUGGCUUUGUGCGUUGUCCGUAGGCCGCUGACUCUCCAUGCGCCAACACCUCUUUCCACAUGAUAAUCCAACAUUUGUCUUUUCCUCGUGAGCAAUGCAAAUUUCCACAAAGUCCAUCAACAAGAAUCUCCACUUCUCUCUCUCUCACUCUCCACUGAAGGAGUGAAUGUUACGCAGGUCAGAAACGUUCAUCGUCCAGGCAAAUUAUGGCAUUUUGUGAUGUUUGUUGUCCAGGUUUUGAUAGGAGCAAACAUUACAACAAAGAACAAUGGCGUCUCUGUAAAGAAGCAUCAGCCCUCCCCGGUGUCUACCUGCUACAUCCCUGAUUACCCAGACAGGUAGAAUGCACCUGAGGCCUUUACUACCAACAAAGAUUUGGGGUUACCAAGGGAACUUCAGGUUCAACCCAGGGUUUUGUUUAUCACAAUGGUGGGUCACUUGUUACCGGGUUAAAUUGCCGUGGUAAUUUAUACUGAACACCUAACCUACUCGGGAUUAGAGAUCAACCGGUGUAAAAGCACCGCCUACUGACCAAUCAAUACUCGAUGAUAACGGCGUCACCGUUCUUAGAAGAUCAGGUGGAGCUCGGUGCGGAGAGAGAGAGGUGCGCUAAUAAAAGAUAGAACAUUUAGAGACCGACAACAUCAUUAGCAUUCCCUGAUGGGUUUCUUUAUGAAAAGAUAUAGAUUUUAAGCGGAGGGAAUUGCGUAUCUUCGUCAGCUUCUUGAGCCGUGUGUUGCCAAUGCGACACAUCGACGACACUACGUUAACAAGAAUCUUGUGAGCUGGCUAGUUGACUUUUGAACAGAUAGAUCUCAGAGGGUGAGGGUAAAUGGUGUUUUAUCUUAUCUUUUAACCACUUUUAUGUAACUUAUGAGGCAGCACGGUGGCUCGUUCCGGGCCUUUCUGUGUGGAGUUUGCAUGUUCUUCCCGUGUUUGCGUGGGUUUUCUCCGGGUGCUCCGGUUUCCUCC